CUUUUUUUUUAAUUUUAAUUUAUUUAUUUUUAUUUUUGGUUUAGGGUGAGUUUGUAAUUAAAUCUUUGUUUUUAUUAUUAAUUGGAUGCUUGAAUCGCAGCGGAACGGCCGCUCUGCGAAUCGGAAUUGGGAAACAGAGGAGGAGGUGGAAGCAGGAGGAAGAAGAGAGUCGGGGAUAAUUUGUUCGGUGUUCGAUUAAGCUGAUCCUGUUUGAUUGGGCAAGAUGAUGUCCAGAUCGUAUACGAACCUGUUAGAUCUGGAGUCGGGGAAUUUUCCGGCAUUUGCUGGUGGAGGGUCGGGUAUGGGGAAACGGCUGCCGAGGGUGAUGACGGUGCCGGGGACGCUUGCGGAGCUGGAGGAAGAUGAGAGGGCGAAUAGUGUGACGUCCGACGUGCCAUCCUCGAUUGCGCAGGACCGGAUCAUCAUCGUCGCUAACCAGCUCCCGUUACGGGCUAAGCGCCGCCCAGAUGGUCGGGGAUGGAGCUUCUCGUGGGAUGAGAGUUCCCUCCUCCUUCAACUUAAGGACGGCUUACCGGAAGAUAUGGAUGUCAUCUACGUCGGCUCGCUUCGCGUCGAAGUCGAAGGACACGAGCAGGACGAUAUAUCGCAAACCCUUCUUGCAUGCGUCCCGGCUUUCCUUGAGCCUGAACUCCUGGAUCGUUUUUAUCAUGGAUUCUGCAAGCAGCAACUAUGGCCGCUGUUCCACUACAUGCUCCCUUUUUCGGCGGACCAUGGCGGCCGUUUCGAUCGAUCUCUUUGGGAGGCCUAUGUCCUCGCCAACAGGGUUUUCUCCCAAAAGGUCAUUGAGGUCAUCAAUCCCGAGGAUGACUAUGUUUGGAUUCAUGAUUAUCAUCUUAUGGCCCUCCCCACUUUCCUACGCCGCCGCUUCAAUCGUCUCCGGAUGGGAUUCUUCUUACACAGCCCAUUCCCGUCAUCAGAGAUCUACCGCACCCUCCCGGUGCGUGAGGAGAUCCUGAAAGCCCUUCUCAACUGCGACCUGAUUGGGUUCCACACUUUCGACUAUGCGCGCCACUUUCUCUCCUGCUGCAGCCGGAUGCUGGGAAUUGAAUAUCAGUCCAAGCGCGGCUAUAUAGGACUGGAGUACUUUGGUCGCACUGUGGGAAUCAAGAUCAUGCCAGUGGGUAUUCACAUGGGCCAACUUCAAUCGGCCCUCGCCCUGCCGGAUAAAGACUGGCGAAUCUCCCAACUCCAACAACAAUUUGCAGGAAAGAUGGUCCUUCUUGGUGUUGACGACAUGGACAUAUUCAAAGGUAUCAAUCUAAAACUGCUGGCCUUUGAACAAAUGCUGAAGAUUCACACCAAGUGGCAGGGCAAUGCUGUUCUUGUGCAGAUUGUCAAUCCUGCGAGAGGCAGGGGAAGGGAUCUUGAAGAGAUCCAGUUGGAGAUUCAGCAGAGUUGCAGGAGGAUCAAUCAGCAGUUUGGGAAUGGUGAUUACAAUCCUAUUGUCUAUAUUGAUCGGUCCGUAUCAGUUGAAGAGAGAAUAUCCUACUACACAAUUGCAGAUUGUGUUGUGGUCACAGCAGUCAGGGAUGGAAUGAACCUCACGCCCUACGAAUAUAUUGUCAGCAGACAGGGCAUUACUUCUGGAUCAGAUUCUAAUUCUGGUCCAGAUGGUCCUAAGAAGAGCAUGCUUGUUGUUUCUGAAUUCAUUGGAUGCUCUCCUUCACUGAGUGGGGCUAUUCGGAUCAAUCCAUGGAACACCGAGUCCACUGCAGAGGCCAUGAACGAGGCAAUCUCCUUGAAUGAUGCAGAGAAACAAGUACGCCAUGAGAAACAUUACAGUUAUGUCAGCACUCAUGAUGCUGCUUACUGGUCUAGAUCCUUCAUGACUGAUUUAGAGAGGACAUGUAAGGACCACUUCAAGAAGAGAUGUUGGGGAAUUGGUUUGGGUUUUGGUUUCAGAGUGGUUGCUCUUGACCCUAACUUCAGGAAGCUUAACAUUGAUGGCAUUGUUUCUGCUUAUCAGAGAUCUAAGAGCCGCGCUAUUUUGUUGGAUUAUGAUGGCACUGUUAUUCCCCAGAUGUCCAUUAACAAGGCUCCAAGUGCAGAAAUUAUUUCCAUUCUUAACACACUUUGUGGGGAUAAAAGGAAUGUUGUCUUUAUUGUUAGUGGCAGGGGUAAAGACAGCUUGGGGAAGUGGUUCUCUCCUUGCAAAAACCUUGGGAUUGCAGCCGAGCAUGGCUAUCACAUGAGGUGGAGUAGGGAAGAGGAAUGGGAAACAGGCGGCCAGAGUGCUGAUUUUGAAUGGAUGCAGAUUGCUGAACCAGUCAUGAAAUUGUACACAGAAUCAACCGAUGGGUCCUCCAUUGAGAAGAAAGAGAGUGCUUUGGUGUGGCACCACCAGGAUGCAGACCCAGACUUUGGAUCAGCUCAAGCAAAGGAGAUGCUCGACCACCUCGAAAGCGUUCUAGCAAACGAACCAGUACUCGUGAAAAGUGGUCAGUUUAUCGUCGAAGUCAAACCUCAGGGCAUAAGUAAAGGAAUUGUUGUUGAAAAGAUCUUAUCCUCCAUGGUUGGAAAAAAUAGACGGGCGGAUUUUGUGCUAUGCAUUGGUGAUGAUAGAUCAGACGAGGACAUGUUUGAAUCCAUAAGCAAUUCUCUAUCGAAGGAUUUGGUCGCACCCCACACAUCUGUGUUCGCUUGCACCGUCGGCCAAAAACCAAGCAAAGCGAGGUACUAUCUUGACGACACUGUCGGGGUAACAAACAUGCUUGGAGCUCUCGCAGAUGUUUUCGAACCAUCAUUGCCUUCGUUUGAUCCUAAACCAGAGUCCUCCUCCACUUGAAAUAUCGUUUGCUCGUUCUGUAACCACAAAAAUUCAAUUUUGCUGAUGAAUUAUGGGCUUCAGGAAAGAAGAUUAUAUAGAGAUAUAUAUAGAUACUGGGAUCUCUCUGGAAGUUUUGAGAUAUCAAGUUAACAUUUGAAGCCCAAACAGGUUCAAUUUCUGAUUGUUAGCAGUUUUUAUUCAUUAUAACAGAUGGAUGAUUAUCUUAGAACCUGAAUAGGAGAUGACAUUGCCACUGAAGGAGGAGAUUUCUGUUCAUUAGGAGUAUGUAGAAUGCCUCUAUUGAAAUGAUUUUGCUCUUCAACUUGUGCAAUGGGGAGUGGAAGCUUGAGUUAUUGUCAAAUUAUGGCAUCUGGUGAGUUUUUUUAUUUUUCUAACCUUUUUUUUUUGUUCUCUACAAGUAAUAUAGACCGCAAGCUUGUCUUUUUUUAGGAAUU